UUGAGCAAGUGCAUGCAGAGAAGCAAAAUGGCGUCUACACAAGAAUUUUCAUCGCAGAUUGAUCUUCCAGCUGAACUGCUCCAAAUCUUUGAAGCAAGCAAUAUCACUUUGGAAACGUUAGUGCACAUUUCCCGAGACGAGCUCAUUGGAGCACUUCAAUCAAACGAAGCUGAAUGGAAUGUUGACGAAAUCUUCCGCCGGAUAACGGAGUGGCGAAGAACAAACGGAUACGAUCUUCUUACGUUCUCUGAAGUAUACAUAGAGGAAUGGAACGGCUCAUUGGAAGGCGAGGAAAUAUAUACUGAACCAUCAACUGAAACUGUAAAAAACAUUGCGACUACGCCAUAUCCAGGCAGUGAAAUUAUCACAGAAGAAUGCACUACAACUGAUAGUUUUGCAGCUGGCCAUAUCAAAGCUGAGCGUGAAUCAAUUCUUCAAGAUGGUAGUUUGGGACAUGAAACCGUCGGUAUCGAAAAUCAGCCUGCACUCUGUAACACACCAGCACCUAUAGCAGCAUUGAGCUGUCCGGUAGCAUCCGAAAUAAUCGACAUCAAAGCGAAUUUUCACAAUCACCCCGAAUACAAAGCAACCGAUAUUAGUAGCGAGGCGAAUUUCAUUCAUCGGAAUACAUCCGUGCUUGUAGGAGAUCUCAGCCACUCACAGUCAUCCGAAAAUCACAAGGCUCAAUACGUUCCACGACAAAUACUAGCGCCGGUAGGAAAACCCAGCUGUUCGCGAUCAACCGAUAAAAUCCCACUAGUAGAUCCCAACAAUACUGGCUUCCAGAAUCAAUCGGUUUUACGCAUCAUACCAGUACCUGUAACACAAUCAAGCUGUUCCACUGGAGCGGUAGACACCAAUUUGCAAAAUUACCAGGAAACCGAAUCCAUCGAUACAGUUAACGUACUGCAAUCGGUACCACCCAACACUUUAGCGCCUGAAGAAGAACCGAGCUGUUCACGACAAACCACAAAACUACAGAACAGGCCUGACUUUCAAAAUCAAUUAAACCUGAAAACAUGUGGUAACGAUAUCCAAGCGCAAAUCGUACCACGCAGCAAACCAGCACUUGUAGGAAGUUUGAGUAGCGUACGACCAACGGUAUUAACUGAAAUCGGUACUAAUAUCCAGGCGCAUCCGAGACUCAGGACCGUCGAAAUUGUUAACGAAGUUCGAUCCGCACCACGCAGCACAGUAGCAUCUGUAGAAGAAAUUGAUCAUCCACGAUCAACCGAAACAAUUGAAAACACACCUGGUUUCCAAAGUAAGCUGAUAGUUGAAGACAGCGGUAUCGCAAAUUCAAAUCGAAUCACCGGAGGCCUUGUCCCAUCACGAAGCACAUCAGAGCCUACGGAAGAACCGAACGCUUUUAAAUCAACCGAACAAGUAUGUCAAACAAAUAAGAUCAAAGCUGUCCAACGAUUCAGUGUGGAUAUACUGGUUCAAAUACUAAACAAAACGGUCACGGGAAAGGAUAUUUUAAAACGAGGUGACCGAGGCCCUCUGUCUAACGAAAGUCAACGUGAGCUCGUUGCGAUCAUUGCCGAUUACCAUAACACCUUGGGCAUUGCGAUAAAGGAGGAAAUUCUUCGUGACUAUGGUGAAGCCAUUGUAGCUAGAUUCAGACAAGAAACAUUGGACACUUAUUUUAUACCACGAAGUGGAAGGCGUAAGAACCACGGUGGUAAACUAUACAAUAGAAUAACGAACCUAAAACAAAAAAUAAGUAAGCGAGCCAACAGAGAAGAAGAACAUUUACAAGGGAAAAAGCCGAAAGUUGACGAAACUGUUGUCAGAAACGCGGCUGUUGAAGCAGCAAAACUGUGGUUGGAAAGGAAUUCUCGUCCAUGGAGUACAGUAUUGGACAAGUGGAUUGAGUCUUUCGAAGACAGAAAACCCAGACUCUUGAAUUCUAACAACGUUGAUGAAAUUCUCGCGAAACAGCGUCAUUACUCAGACGAGCAUGGAUAUCAGAUCGUUGAAAUUGAUUUCAAACUGCUGAAAUUAGGCGAAGACAAUUGUAUUAACAAAUGGAACCACUUGUUGCCAAAGAUUAUCCGGUAUCUCGACCAACCCUUCAAAGACGACGUAUCAGUGACGCUACUGAAUUUAAUAAAAUCGCCAGAUACGAACAAAGAUUCUACAAUAUCGGCUGUGCUCAUCCUACUGAAUAACGUUUUAAAACCAACUAAAGUAACUAAAACCUACAAGCCGUCGAUAUUAUCAGCGCAGGAAGACAUCAUCUUUUUUGCGGAAAGUGAUCAUCAAGUGGUGCAGAAAAUCAACGAUUUCAAUGCAACGUAUGAGUCACUAGGAUUUCAAUCGGUCCCAAAGUUGGUGUUCAGAGGCAAAGACGUUACAUCGUUGAGUGGCAGAUAUGAGGUGCAUUACAAAUCUAUUGUAUACACACUUGACACUGCAGAAAGAGCAAUCGAUGUUUUGGUGAAACUAAGCUCAGUUUUUGGCCUAGAAUAUUCAAGAAUUUGUCGACUAGUAUGGUAUUUUAUUUGUUCUUUCAUAUAUAAUAUUGCCGUACCAGAACAAUAUGAAUGCAUCAACAAGCUCAAACGGUUCUUAUCGCAGCAGUAAUAUGUUCUCCUGCAUGAUAGAAAAUUGCUCAGUCAAUUGUAUGCCAGUUUACACUUACUUAGAUCAUCUUACCUUAGUCCAUAAGGUCCCAAGGAAUUAUAGAUAUGUAUGUACAUUUCCAAGAUGUAUCCAAAUACUGUCAAAUUGGUACGUGUUCAAAAGACAUGUAUUGGGACACGUCGACAAUCUACAUAAAACCGAGCAUAAAACAACUCAUAAACAACCGGUAACUGAUAAUGAGCAUCUUCAAGAACAGACUUUGGAAAGACCAGAAGUUACAAACAAUGCCGAGCUCGAAGUGCAAGUUGAAGAGGAUACCGCACCAAUUACAUCGUAUUCCGAAAAUAUCAGAGAUAUCGAACAGGCAGCUUUAGAUUUCACAUUGGAAUUCCAUAGCGAAACGAAUUUUACGCGAAAUGAUAUUCAAAAUAUACAGAGAAAAGUUAAAAAGUUAAAUUGCACAAUUGCUGAAAAGAUCGAAGGUUUAUUAUCAUUAGAAAACAGAGAACCUCAAAUUGAAUUUGAAUUACAUAAAUAUAUGCAAAAGCUCCAGAACCCAUUUGAUUUCAUUGAAACCGAUUUUAAAUUGUUUAAAUAUUUAGAAGACAUGAAUAUUUUUCGUUUACCCACAAUGGUUAGAGUAGAAGGGGAAAAAACAACAAAAGAUUUGGAUUUAACUGAUGACGAGAUGAAAACAAACAUUGUAAUAAUGGAUAUCGAGUUCCAGCUUAGGUCAUAUUUCAGUUCUGGAGAUAUUCUUAAGGCUACUAUUGAAAACACUAAUAAGCUCGAAAAAAAACAGCGAAAUAUGUAGUAUUGUCAACGGAGAGUUAUGGAAAAGUAUAAAACAAAAAUAUCCAAAUGAUAUAUUAUUACCUCUGUCAUACUAUUCUGAUGAUUUUGAAAUCAACGACCCUUUAAGCGCACAUAAUAAAAGGCAUGUACUUUGUGGUUCUUAUUAUAGUUGCCCAACUAUUCCUGAACAAUACAGCUCAAAACUGAACAAUAUUUUUGUGGCAUGUAUGAUGAAGAAAGUAGAUAUCAAUGAAGUAGGAUUGAACAUGUUACUCAAACAAAUUGUCCAUCGCUUCAAAAAAAUAGAAGAACAAGGAAUCAUUUUUGAAAUUGAUAAAAAGCAGGUGAAAGUAAGAUUUAGUCUUGUACUACUACAAGGUGACAAUUUAGGUUUGCAUCAAAUGCUGAGUUUUCUGUCAUUUAAUGCCAACUAUUACUGCCGCUUUUGUCGAAGGUCACGCGAAGAAUGCCAGGUUGAUGUCGAAGAGCAUUGUAUGUUUCUUAGAACUGUACAAAAUUAUGACAAAGAUUUGAAUCUGCAAAGACCAUCGGAAACAGGCAUCAGGAGUGACACAGCGUUCAACGAACUUCCUUCUUUUCAUGCAGUAACAAAUAUCAGCGUUGACCCUAUGCACGACUUUUUUUGUAAUGGGGUUUGUAGUUUUGGCUUAACUGCUGUGAUGAAUUAUUGUAUUUACCAAAAAGGAUUCAUUUCGUUGAGCAAGUUUA